ACGUUUUGUAAGCUUAACCUUAAAAUUGUUUGGUGAUAGGCGGGAAGAAAUAGCAAAAGAUUUAAGAAAAGCUGUUCAAAAUAUCCCUGAUAAGAAGAUAAUAGGUGUCUCCAUAAUAUCUCAUUAUGUCCAGAGAUAUUAGAUCAUUUUUUGGGGCAACAUCCAAAAAGACCAAGGGCCAAAAAAAUAUAGCUAUAGAUUCUGAUGAAGAAAUUAUUAAUAAAACUCCAAAGAAAACCAGUAAAAAUAAAAAGGCCAAUGUUAUUAACUCUGAUUCAGAGGAGGAUAAAACACCCGUAAAAAUAAAAAAGCAAUCACCUAAUCUUAAACCAAUAAAUGUAUCAGAUGUAUUUAAAAAUUCGUCCAUUAAACAAAGCAAAGUUAAAGAAAAACUCUCAUCUAAGGAUUCUGUAAAAACAGAAUUGGGAGUGCACAAGGAUGAAGAUUUUGAUAAAACCUUGCAAGAAUUAGAUGAUGAUAUUUUGCUGGAUAAUGUUGAUGUACUGGAUAAAACCAUUGAUGAAAUUAAAAGUAAUAAAAAACCCAAAUCUGAAAAAAGGAAAAAAAUAAAUGAAGAUGAUGAUUCCUCAACUAAAAAACGUAAAUUAGAUGAAUCAUACUCUGAUGGACAGGCAGCUUUUGAAAAUAAAAGAAUGAUGUAUGAAAGAUAUUUAAACAGAGGUGGACCAAAAAAUCAUGGGAAAAAAACAUAUCCCAAGGGAAAGAAAGAUUCACUGAAGGGGUUGGUGUUUUUGAGAACAGGAGUUUUAGACUCUUUGUUAGGAGAAGAAUUUCAAGAUAUAGUUGCUAAGCAUGGGGGACGGGUUGUCCAUGCUGUUUCCAAAAAAGUUAACUAUCUAGUUGUUGGCGAAGAACCUGGCCCUGCAAAAAUGGCCAAAGCCGAAUCAUAUAAUAUUCCAUUUUUAUCAGAAGAUGAAUUCUUAGAUUUGAUUUUAAAGAAGUCUGAUAUGAAUCCUAAAUAUGUAAUGGAAAGCAAAAAGGAAGAAGAUUCAGGGGUAGGCACCAGUCAAUCUACUCAAGAGUAUGAUGCCAUUGAAAGCCCUCCAGUUAAAAUAAAGAAAGAAUUAACUGAUGAAAAACCGGAUAUAAAAGAAACAAAUAUUGAUAAACCCACACAAGCUGACAUUAAAACUAAACCCAUUAAAUAUGAAGAUAUUCCAGUAUCAACUAAAGUAUGCACAAAAAAUAAGCAAAAUGUUCCAGUAUACUCUUGUUGGACAGAAAAAUAUAAGCCCAAAGAUCUUAAACAAGUUAUAGGACAGCAACGCCCCGAUAGCGAAUUAAACAAAUUAUUUAAAUGGCUUCAAAAUUGGCAGGAAAACAGAAAGUCCGAUAAUAAAAAAAGUUGGGAUGGAUCGCAUAACAAGUGCGCAUUAUUAAGUGGACCACCAGGGGUUGGAAAAACAACAACGGCAACUCUGGUUGCGCAAUCGUUAGGAUUUGAUAUUGUUGAAUUUAACGCAUCCGACACAAGAAGUCAAAAGUUACUACGUGAGCAAGUAACAGAGUUGGUUAAAUCAAGAACUAUUGCUGGAUUCGCAGAAGGUCAAAAGAAAGUUAAUAUGAAAAGAAUUCUUCUUAUGGAUGAAGUUGAUGGAAUGGCGGGCAAUGAAGAUAGAGGAGGUAUGCAAGGAUUGAUUCAAAUUAUAAAGGAAUCUAACAUUCCGAUUAUUUGUAUGUGUAAUGAUCGGUAUCAUCAAAAAAUUAAGUCUUUAGUUAAUUAUUGUUUUGACUUAAAACUUACGCCACCAAAACCAGAGCAAAUAAAAGGCUUUCUUAAAAGUGUAUGUUUUAAAGAAAAAAUAAAUGUUUCGUAUGAUGCUCUUGGAGAUAUAGUAAAAAAUACUGGGGGAGAUUUACGUCAAGCUUUAAAUUACCUAUCACUUUGGAGUGUAGAUCAUAAUGAAAUAUCCGAUAAAACUGCCAAAGAUGUAGACAGAUUACUUAAGGAUACAAUUCCUGGCCCUUGGGAAGUAAUUCGAAGAGUGUUUACACAUAAAAAUCAUCCUAGUGAUCCAAAACCGUUAUCAUUCAUUGAAAGGCAGAGAUUAUUUUUCUAUGAUUAUAGCAUUGGCCCGCUAUUUGUUCAAGAAAAUUAUUUAAAAGUAACACCAAAAAUGGAAUUUGCAAAUAUUCUUAAGCCAAAACACGAAACUUUACUCAGGUUGGCUGCUGCUACUGAUGCUAUUAGCUUUGGCGCACUAGUUGAGACUAGAAUCAGGUCUACCAAUAAUUGGUCCCUGUUAGAUUGUCAGGCCAUGUACUCAUCGGUAUUGCCGGGGUCUUACUUGAGCGGUGCUCUCUCUCCUAAUGUUAACUUUCCCGGCUGGCUGGGAAAAAAUUCAAAGAGAAGCAAACUUAGUCGCAUGCUGACGGAAAUACAUACCCACUCGAAACCGAGAACAUGUUCGAGUAAAAUCGCUAUUCAACUAGAUUAUGUUACAACUUUCAGAAAUAAAAUAAUGCGCUUUCUAACAAGCAAUUUAGAAUAUGAUAUUGCAUAUGCGGUAGAAUUUUUAAAUUUGUAUAAGUUAACAAAAGACGAUUAUGAUAAUCUUUUACAAGUAAUGGUUUGGAGUGGAACUAAAUUUCCUGACAUUCCUGCAAAGGUAAAAAGUGCUUUUACUAGAGCUUAUAAAAAAUCAUCUAACUUGGAAAGUAGAGCAUCGUUUGCAAAAAAGGCAAAGAAAACGGAAGCUGAUGAUGAAGGAGUAGAAGAUAAUGAGGAUUCUUCUGAUGAUGAUAUUAAGAAUAAUCCGAUGAUUAAAGUUUGUGUUAGAAAAGCUAGUGAUAAAGUGGCUGAAAAACCAGCAAAAGGAAAGGGAAAAGCUAAAGCAAAGAAAAAAUAAAAAACCUCAACCCUAUUUUAAAAUAUUUAUUGAUUUAUCAUUACGUAUGUCUUACCUUAAUAAACAGUUUUUAAAAGCUUAAAA